UUUUCUCCUAAAACUAGUUGCCAGAUUACCUUUGAGAUGGACCCCCAGACGUUUCUUCUUUCCCAAGUCCCAGCAGAGGAAGCAAUUUCUUGGGCGCCAGUGAAUCUACUGGAUGGCUGGUAUAGAAGAAGAUCUGCUUGGUCAACAUCCAUGAAAGAUCCAGAAGCCCAUCGCUUUGGGAAAGAGGAACCGGAGGGCAAGGUGGAUGUGAAUGCCCUGCUCAAAGACAUUGAGGAGUACAACAGGCAGAGGUUUCGUUCGGACACUCUUCCUUUGGGAAAGCGUCCCUGGCAGACUCUGUUCCAGCUGGGAGAGGCCGCUCAGAGGUGGCUAAGACCACAGGACCGCACCAAAGGACAGAUUGUGGACGUGGUCAUCUUAGAGCAGUUCCUGCAUGUGCUUCCUCUGGAAAUGCAGGCUUGGGUGAGAUCCAGGAAGCCAAGUACCAGCCAGGAGGCAGCUCAGCUGGCUGAAGUUUACCUGGAGCAACAGGUAUCCUUGCUAAUAAGAAAGGAAACCCCUGAUUCAUGGGAUGUGCUCUUUGAUCCCGAAAUUUCUGAACCAAUGGAGGUCAAAUCUAGAAGACAGCAAGGGUUAUUCCUGGAGCUGAUACAAGCUUCUAAGGCUGACGAGAAAAUGCCCAGCAGAAGCUCCCAAGUAGGUUCUACUGUAUCAAAAAGAAACUACCCCUGUUCUGAAUGUGGGAGAAGUUUUGAUCGCCGUUCCAACUUAAUUAAACAUCAGAGGAUCCACACGGGAGAAAAGCCAUACUCCUGCACUGAAUGCGGAAAAUGCUUUGACCAGCAGUCCAAUUUAAACGUCCAUCUGAGAGUUCAUACUGGAGAAAAACCAUAUGGCUGCACUGAUUGUGGCAAAAGGUUUAGUAUCAAGUCACAUUUACAUGGACACUAUAGGAUACACACAGGGGAGAAGCCAUUUGAAUGUGAAGACUGUGGGAAGAGCUUCCGUGUGAAAUCUUCCCUAAAUAAGCACCAGCGAACCCAUACAGGAGCU